AAAAUUAAAAAUAAAAUACUGAAUUUCCCCUCCAAAUUUUCGUCCUCUUGUUUCUCUCUCCUCUUCGCAACAAGCUCAGCUCCAGCUUGGAGGGGCCAUGGUGUAGUUUCUGGAUCUCACCGCCACAACUUCCCAAUGUUCCUUCAAACUUCCACUUUCCACGUGACCCCCCGGCGCGGGAAAACAACGCGCUCUCUUCAAUCUUUCCAUUUCGGUUAUUCUUCCUGAGACUUUUUUCUCUCUGUCUCGGGGGGAACCUGAGUUUUAGGGUUUUGCCCAAACUGCAUAAUACGAGGUCGUUUCAUUUAGUGGCAGGAUGCCGGGGCAUCGGUCGAACUCGGAGAAGCACGACAGCGAGAAGCAGCUCCGGCGAGACCCCUAUGAGGUUCUCGGCGUCUCUCGCAACUCCACGGAUCAAGAAAUAAAAACCGCGUACCGUAAAAUGGCUCUCAAAUACCAUCCAGACAAGAAUGCUAAUGAUCCUAAAGCAGCUGAUAUGUUUAAAGAAGUUACCUUUUCUUAUAAUAUCUUGUCAGAUCCCGACAAACGGCGUCAGUACGACUCAGCUGGCUUUGAGGCUGUUGAAACAGAUAACCAAGAGUUGGAAUUAGAUCUUUCAAGUUUGGGUGCUGUCAAUACAAUGUUUGCUGCACUUUUUAGCAAACUUGGUGUGCCAAUCAAGACAACUGUAUCUGCAACUGUUUUGGAAGAGGCACUCAAUGGUUUAGUGACCAUUCGUCCACUUCUAUUGGGACAGUUUAUAUCUAAAAGGGUUGAGAAGCAAUGUGCGCACUUCUAUUCAGUUACAAUUACAGAAGAGGAAGCGCGAGCUGGAUUUGUUUGUCGAGUUCAAUCGUCAGACAAAAGCAAGUUCAAGUUAUUAUAUUUCGAUCAGGAAGACAAUGGUGGUUUAAGUCUUGCACUCCAGGAAGACAGUGCAAAAACAGGGAAGGUUACUUCUGCUGGAAUGUAUUUUCUUGGGUUUCCUGUUUAUCGGUUGGAUCAAACAAUGACCUCUAUAGCUGCUGCUAAGGAUCCAGAUACAUCAUUUUUCAGAAAGCUGGAUGGGUUCCAGCCAUGUGAAUUAACAGAAUUGAAGGCUGGCACACAUGUAUUUGCUGUCUAUGGUGACAACUUUUUCAAAAGUGCAAACUAUACAAUAGAAGCUCUGUGUGCUGCACCUUUUAGUGAAGAAAAAGAAAAUUUAAGAAGUAUAGAAGCUCAAAUUUUGUCUAAAAGGGCAGAAAUAUCAAAGUUUGAAGCAGAAUAUCGAGAGGUUCUGGCACAAUUCACAGAGAUGACAAGCAGAUAUGCACAUGAAAUGCAAGCAAUUGAUGAGCUACUGAAGCAAAGAAAUGAAAUACAUGCAUCAUACACUACUACUCCUUUAAAACGGAGUGCUAGUAAGAGCAGAAGUAAAAGUUCUUCCAAGGAGGCAAAAGAAGAUGGCCAAGCAAGGGAAAAAAGGAGUUCAAGAGAUCGGCCAAAUAAGAAGAAAUGGUAUAACCUCCACUUAAGAGUUGAUAAGAGAAAGGCUUGCUAAUGUGAGAAUUGGAGAAUUAAGUUGUUCUUCUAUCACUCAUGUAUUGAUAAGUAAUGAAUUAUUUUAUCAUUUGGUUGUCAAUUCUGAAUGCCACGGUAAAACUAUAAUCAGUUGAUCCUGCACCCUUUUGAUUGUUCAGCACCUGUGCAAGUUAAGAGGAAGGCUUUGCCAAGCAACAACCAAAUGUCGAUGGAUGGUUUGGUUAAUAUCUGUCACUCAAGUGUGUCAAGGAUGACAACAACUCAUUGUUUUUGUAUAAUCCCUUCCCUCCUUUCCUUUUAAUUUGUCUCAGUAGCCAUCUUCAGAUUCGUACUUGUAAAUUGUUUGAUUUAUUGAUGAAGCAUUAUCAACUCUCUGCGCGGGUUGUAAUUUUGUUUAGCUGUAAUGGCAAAGUAUUGGAGGAUAGGGCCAGGAAGUCAAAUUUAUAAUAGCUGGAAUUGGGCUAAGUGUAAUUAUUGCAGCACACCUUUUCACCCUUAAGCAUCUCUCACGUUUAGCUUUUUAUUUUACAUUAUUUUUUGCCCCUGCCGUCACCAAUUUGCAUAAUGAUUAAUCUCAUAUAUUUAAUUAAGUCAUUCGAUUCUUCCCUAGAACCAUGACUUUUUUGCG